GCUUGCUCCGCCCCAUGCAUCCUUGCAGCUCAAAGACCACAACCACCAGAGAGCCAGCUGAAGAAGCGCACCAUAGAGCCACAUCGCGGCGACCCUGGAACCACCGACUUUCACCCAACGACCGCUGCGACCGGUGCACGUGGCCAUGGUGAAGUUCGUGUGCCCCGAGGGGAAACGCCGCCAGGGGCAGCUCUGCUUCCAAGCCCCCAAAGGUGCUUCCGCGGAGCUGAAAGCGCUGAUUUCGAGCUUUCGCCCGAGCCUGACGCCCAAGGAGGUGCUCCACCUGGGCGCCUUCGGUGGAACCUACUUUAGGGACAUCGACUCCGCCGUCACGGGGAAAAGGCACAAGGAUGCUUGGAAGGAGUUGCCCAAGAGCUGGCUGAAGGGCUUGGACAUCCGGCGCCAGGUGGCUCGUGACUGGGAAGAUUACGAUGCUACCGUGAACCACUAUGGAGUGAAGUGCGGGAACACCUUGGAGGAGUGGGAAAACGCAGGGUGGAUGCAUCCGCAAGACCCGUAUGGCUGGUUCCAGUGGUACUGCCGCUUCUUUCAGGGGCGGCGAAGCGAGGACGACCCACGCCAGAUCAAGCGCUGGUUGAAGAUUUGCGGCCCGACAGGCCGAUGGAAAGGAAACCUCAUCGCCAAGUGCGUGAAGGCGAAUCGGGCCUACAAUGAUCCCAAGGUCUCUCCGGUGGUCCGGCAGUCCUUGCUGCACUGGGCCUAUGAGUUAACGGCCGCGGAUUUGCGAGAGAAGAAGAAGGAGAUCCUGCAAGGCAAAGGCGCUUAUGCCCUGCCACGUGCCGAGCUGUUCGAGGUGCACCGUCAGGGGCUGAAGCGGCCAGCUGCCUCGAGAUGAUGGAAGUCGAAAUCUGACCGCGAUCGAACGGUUGGUGACUUGACCGUAGCAGCGAUGUAGGAUAGAACACCUCCAGACAUGGGUAUGGGUCCAAACCUACUGGGGUUUCCAUGC